GCUUCCGGCGACUAGGAAGUGACGUGCUUCCUCUCACGCUCCGCGUCUGGAAGGUGGGUCCCACGCGGGGUCGACAUGAGGAUCGAGAAGUGUUAUUUCUGCUCCGGGCCGAUCUACCCAGGCCACGGCAUGAUGUUCGUCCGCAACGACUGCAAGGUGUUCCGAUUCUGCAAGUCCAAGUGUCAUAAAAACUUUAAGAAGAAGAGAAACCCACGCAAGGUCAGGUGGACUAAAGCCUUCCGUAAAGCAUCUGGCAAAGAACUCACAGUGGACAACUCAUUUGAAUUUGAAAAACGUAGAAAUGAGCCUGUGAAAUAUCAGCGAGAGCUGUGGAAUAAAACUAUUGAUGCAAUGAAGAGAGUUGAAGAGAUCAAACAGAAGCGCCAGGCUAAAUUUAUAAUGAACAGGUUGAAGAAAAACAAAGAGCUUCAGAAGGUUCAGGACAUCAAAGAAGUCAAGCAGAACAUCCAUCUUAUCCGGGCUCCUCUUGCAGGCAAAGGAAAGCAGCUGGAGGAAAAAAUGGUACAGCAGUUACAGGAGGAUGUGGACAUGGAGGAAACGUCCUAACGGUGCUGCCUGCAACCAGCUCUGUGCACACUGAAGUAAAGUGGAGCCUCUCAGCCACUAAGUUAUUGAUGGGUUCCAUAAGGUCCCCCAGACAAGGGUGAUUCAAUGUGCUUCCCUCUUAAACAUUGCAGCCUGUAAAAGCAUCCCCUAGUGGGUGUUAGGUCUCAGCUCCACAUUGUGCCUCAUUGUGUUAUGCUUGCACAAACAGGAAAGUUUGUGUAUAGAUGAAGACAUGAACUGUGGGCAUAACAUGGUUGAGCCAUUCAUCUUCCAGUGUGAAAUUUGAAAUGAUGUAAUAUUUUCCUUGCAUUGGAAUAGUCCGUUUAUUAGGGUUAUUGAAAUGGAGAUCGCACAAGGAACCGACUGUUCUCAUGUCUACCUGAGUCUCUUUUGUUUUGGUCUAGUAUGUUUUGUAACUUCUUAGAGUUGUAUAAUGGCAACAUACAACACAGAUUAAUUAUGUUGGGCCGUCUGACCUGCGUCAGCCAUUCUAGUAGGCAGCUGUGAUGUUGGAGGUAGGCUGGGUUGGGUUGAACUUUACCUGAAUGGCAUCUUACUAUUUUUGCUUUGGAGAAUGCUCAGUUCCAAGUUGUGACAUCUGUCCCAAAAGAUUGUCCUCUUCCAGCCCAGCAGUGAUCUAGAAGCAGAACAAUCUUGGUGCUUUUCAAAGUUUAGUGUGUUCUUCUCUUCUCUUCUCUUCUCUUCUCUUCUCUUCUCUUCUCUUCUCUUCUCUUCUCUUCUCUCUCCCUCUCUCUCUCUCUCUCUCUCUCUCUCUGGAUGGGGGGGGAGCAGGGGGGCUCAGAAUCUCUUUGUGUAGCUCUGGCUAUCCUGAAACUCUGUAGACCAGGCUACCUGGAACUCACAAAGAUCCACCUGCCCCUACCUUCCAAGUUCUGGGAUUAAAGCUGUGCACCAUCAUAUCCAGCAUUUUUUAUUUUUUAAACCUUAAAGAAAUAACCAAAAAGAAACUCUGGCUUCUGGAAAGAAGAAUUUAUGGAUAGAAUGUUAACUAUUAUUUGUACAUAAUAAAGCCCUUUCUAAAGUAAGUGCC